AUGUUCCGCGACGUGCCCGUCGCCGUGCUCCGCCCUGGCCCCCCUGCCCCCCCAGGACGAGGGGGUCCGGCCAGCUUCUGCGUGGACUCGCUGCUGUCGUCGAGGUCCCCGGCCUCCUCGGACGACGCCACCUCCUCGGACGAGCGGCCCCCGAGCAGCGGCGGCACGCCGACGUCGACGGCGUCCUCGCUGAGCACGCUGGUCGCGGCCGCCGGCCUGGGCGGCUUCCCCGGCGCCGCCCUGGGCGGCCUCGGCCUCGGGCUGGGGCUCGGCGGGCUGCCGUCGUCCGAGCCGCCCCCCAAGCCCGCCCCCGCCCUCAAGUUCAGCGUGAGCGCCAUCCUCGGCGGCCACGAGCACAAUGCGCCGCGGCCGGCGCCGUCCCCAGACUCCAUCUUCUCGUCGGCCGGGCCGCCCUUCUUCGGCUUCGGCUACAGUGUGGGCCCGGCGUGCGGCCAGCAGGGCGGCGCGGGCCAGGCCGGCGGCGCCAUCGCCAAGCCCAUCGCGCGCCCCGCCGCCGUCUUCAACCCCCACCUGCACCCGCUGCUGGCCUGCAGGAACCCCUACCUCACCGUGUCGCCGCCGUCCGGCCAGGGCCACGGGGGCCACGGGGGCCCGCCGGGGGGCGCCACGGUGUUCCCGCUGCCCGGCUCCUUCCCCUGGGCGCACUCGUCGCGGGGCAAGCCGCGGCGCGGCAUGAUGCGGCGCGCCGUCUUCUCGGACCUGCAGCGCAAGGGGCUGGAGAAGCGCUUCCAGCUCCAGAAGUACAUCUCCAAGCCGGACCGGAAGCGGCUGGCCGACAAGCUGGGCCUCAAGGACUCGCAGGUCAAGAUCUGGUUCCAAAACAGGCGCAUGAAGUGGCGCAACUCCAAGGAGCGCGAGCUGCUGGCGACGGGCGGCUCUCGCGAGCAGACGCUGCCCAACAAGAACAACCCCCACCCGGACCUGAGCGACGCCGAGGCGGACCGGGAGCGCGCCAAGCUGGAGCCGUCGGAGGGCGGCUUCGACGACGACGCCAGCGUGCACGUCCACCCGGGCACGCCGCCCAUGACGCCGCCGCGGUCGCCGCACGACCUGUCCGACCCGGGACGGCCCCCGGACACCGAGGACUCCGAAGCCGCCGAGGACGACGACGACGAGGAGGAGGAGAUCAACGUCACGUGAUGAACUGGAGGAGUGACUGUCGAGUUAGACUGAAUGUGGAAGGGGCACGCCGGGGGCACGCGGCC